UACCACCUACAGGUAACGAGGAGGCAUGUAUGAAUGGCGAGUUCGCGCAGUGCAUGGAUGAUGCGUACGUCCUUCUGAACAGCACCUCCAGCCUGGAUAACUUGGCAGCCACGAAUUCCACGGACGGCAUCAUGCAUGGACAGCGGCUGAGUGCAUGCGAUUGUCACGGUGGAGGGCUAGCACGUAGUCACGACAUUCUUUACAUCACAGUUCAAGGCCUGCAUUCGCUUGCACAAGGGUUGACAUCUGCCGUAGCAUAAUAAACGUAUUCUUUUCCUCUCUGA